GCAACUUCUAGGCCAGGACAGAAAUUCUUGGAUUGUCUCAUCAUGUUGUACAGCUUCUCUACUCCUUUUUUUUAUACACUGCUCCUCAAUUGAUAAUGUUUGUGAAGGGUAACACUCUGGGACUGUGGGAUGUAAGGUGUAGGAUGUUUCCUGUGCCACUUUCGAAAGGGCAACAACAUCACAUCUGGCCGAUGACUGAAGAGCCCCCUGCUUGGAUUUUGACUGCGCCGGCUGCACCUGGUCUUUUUAGAAUCAUUGGCCCUCCACAUCUUCAUCCUUUGACUUCUCCACGUGCCCCUCCUGAAUUUCUACAAGCUCCAUCAGCAUGGCAGAUUCCAUAUGAUUCUUUCAUUCCUUUGAUGGUGCUGCCUUCUCCACCAGAACCAGCUGUUGUUCAGCUUCCACUUUCAACUAUGCAGUGGGAGCAAAUUGUGCAUCCACCAAUCGUAGGACUUCCUCUGCCUGUUGGUGUGGACGUCAUCUCCAUCGUUCCACAUGUGCACAGCUCUCCCCGGAGACCAUCAAGUAAGAGCUGGGUGGAUAAACGAACGCCUCAUUGCAAAGUUUAUUUAAAUAAUGCGAUUGCUGUGGAAUCGAACUGGGGAAAGCCAGAGGAUAUGAAAUUUUUCCAUGGAUAUAAAAAGCCCAUUUUAAAAACAAAUCGAGUUGCAGUGGCACUCUCAUCAGUCGCCAAACCUACAUCAUCGCCAGGCGCCAGACCCUUUCUCUUGGUAACACCUCAAUCCAUAACUGCGACACCCUCCACAUUCCCGAGUGCUCAAUUGCUCAGACAGAUUUAUUGUCUCCAGCCAGGUUUGGGCAGAAGAAAUUGUGGCCAACCCGCAACAUGUGACAUCAAAGGCAUUGGCCAAUUUGAUGCAAGGGACCCAAGCAUCGAUAAAGAGAAAGGGUCUUACCAGAAAUCAUGUACCAAGGCUUCCAGUGCAAUAUCAGGAGUGAAAAAAGAAUCAAAUGUGAAUUCUGAAGAGAAUAAUUUAAAGAAAGCCAUCGGUGAGAAGAAAACAGUACGUCACCAGACCAAGCCUGUGGCAUCCACUCCUGUACCUGGAUCCCCAUGGUGUGUUGUCUGGACUGGAGAUGACCGUGUAUUUUUCUUCAACCCCUCAAUACAACUGUCAGUGUGGGAUAAGCCAGUGGAACUUGAAGGCCGAGGUGACAUCAGCACAAUUAUUCAAGACCCUCCUCAUAAGCGCAAAAUAGAAUUGGCCACAUCAAAAGAUGAAACUUCUAAUUAUGAAGAGGCAAAUGAAGAACACCUUAUGAAAACGAAAAGAAACAAAACUGAGCAGCCAGAGAUUGCUAAUCCAGCAAAGGAAGAAAUGGAUGGGAAAAACCUGGGAAAUACCCCACACAGAACUAUUGUCCCCUUGGAAGAACGCAUUAAUCAUUUCCGGGAUAUGCUUCUGGAGCGAGGGGUCUCCGCAUUUUCUACGUGGGAAAAGGAGUUGCACAAAAUAGUGUUUGACCCUCGUUAUCUCCUUCUAAACCCAGAGGAACGUAAACAGAUUUUUGAGCAGUUUAUCAAAGCAAGAAUAAAAGAAGAAUACAAAGAGAAAAAGUGUAAACUACUCCAGGCCAAAGAAGAAUUUAGAAAACUGCUAGAAGAAUCCAAACUCACACCCAGAUCCACGUUUCAAGAAUUUGCAGAAAAAUAUGGAAGGGACCAUCGAUUUCGAAUGGUACAAAAGAGGAAAGAUCAAGAACAUUUCUUCAAUCAAUUCAUAAAUAUUCACAAAAAGAGGGACAAAGAAAAUAGAAUCCGGCUGAGAAAGAUCAGAUAAAACAUCACGGAAACUUCACUCAAUCAAAACUGAGCCACUGUGACGGAUAGGAUAACGAAGGAAUUUCAACCACCUUAUCUGUGCAGUGUUUGGAUAAUUGUAUCGUAACAAUAUAAAAUAAGGUAUUUUUUAAUUUAAAGUUUGCAGGACAUACCAGCUCAGACAUCUCCACCAAUAGUAUUUACUUCAUUGUUUCUCAGAUGUCUGGUAUAUUAUUUAAAAUGCAUUUACCAUAUUCUUGCUUGACAUUUAAGCGGUUUGAAACAAGAUCAUUUAAUUUCCCUGUACUCAUUAUGUAAUAAUGAAUAACCUCCGUGAUAAUUAAAGUACCCACAUAUAGGCUAGAAAAGGAUUUAAUUUAUUUUAAAUGGCAUCUUCUCACACUGAAAUGAGGCUGAUUACAAGUGGGGAAGGUUGGUGGACUGGUACUUUAAAUAGAAUUUACUUUUCUCAAUGCUAUUUCAAAGUAGAAAUCACAUUGUUACCGUACAAAAAUAGCACUAAGUUCUGUUUGCCAAGAACAUUGGGAUUCUAAGACAUUGUGAUAGAAUUUAAAUGCCAUUGUUUUCAAAUAGUGUUUUAUAUUUUAAAAAAACGAAGCUAGUUCCAAAAGUCAUCUCUGAGUUGUUACAUUAUUAAUAUUAACCUGCCAAACAGGUGUUGAUGCUCAACAAGAAGGCUGCAGCCAAUACAGUGAAAUAAAAAUAAUUUUUACUCAAAGUGUCAUCUUGUGGAAUUGCACUGUUAAAUUACAACUGCAGUAUAUAAGGAAUAAGAUAGCAAUUUUAGUUUAUUUAUGUAUUCUGUAUUUACUAGUGUCUGAAAAUAGUGACUGUAAGAUUGGAAAAAGUACAGUAUAACAAGACUAUUUACAUUACUAUGUGCUCUUUAUUAAGUUUGUUUGCCUCAUCAAAUUUGUUGAAACUCAUGAAAUGUAGAGUGCCUAAUCCGUAAGCUCGCUUGGUGUUUAAAAUAUUAGAAGGUAGCCAUUCAAAUCUGCCUGCAUAUUCUAAAAUUUGGCUUUUUACAAUGCAAUAAUUUUAAAUGCCGCUUGUAGUAAAGUAACCCAUUUACAGUACAGUUUUGUAAUGUAAUGCUUUCAGACAUUAUCUGAGCUUAUAAUUUAUCUAGAAAGGCAGUAUUUUAGUUUUGUCAGUCAUAAUGGUAAUUUCCAUUUAUAGUUUAUUGCUUACAUUUUUUUAAAGU